UUUCAGCCAAAACAUUAUUAAGUUAUUCCACUGACCGAUGUUUGUAGGUAGUUAACAUAGUCUAGACCAGAACUUAUUAGAAAAUUUCCAUUACAUUUUAAUGAAUUUCGGAUAAGAUAUAAGUUGCCAAUAAAUCAUAUAACGCAGUUAUUCUACAAACCCCACAUGAAGUUACAUUUUGCUCUCAUAGUUCGAUUACAAAAUCCAUUGGCCGGUCGUGGCUUAUCUUUGGAUUUAUGAUUUUACAUCCCAAUAAAAACGUUUUAAAACGAAUUUUGCUAUAUAUCGAGUUAAAUGUAACAUUAUUUUCCUAAAUUGUAACAAAACACAAGUAUGUUACGCCUCGUGUUAUUAUUUCAUCUGUUAUUGUGCACUUUGGUGAUGUGUAAAAGAACACAGCAAAAGGAAAAAGAAUCGUCCGCAAGUGCAGAUGACCUGGGCGGCCAGUUGGUAACUUCGUUACGGAACGACGUCAACAUAGACCUCUCAGCAGACGAGGAGUAUGAGGACCUUCGAGCCGAGCUACUAGCCUACCACACAGCACUGGCUUCCAUCACUCCUAGUCGUAGAUCGAUGAAGACUACGCCGUGUUGGAAGCUGGGCGGAAUUUGCAUCCAUCACAAAAUGUGUGAGGGCCACCGCUUUAUGUCCGAAGUUGAAGGCUGCAGACGAAAUUUAGAAGUCUGUUGCUUUGUGUGGAACGGGUACCAGGUCAGAGACAUGAAAGACAAAGGUUUGAAUAACUUAGCACUGCCGUGGAAUCAGCAAUUCGAAAUUGGUGGUAAAGGCAUUAUAGCCUCUAUGGAUAAGAUGAAAUCAAAGAAGAAGAAGCGGAAAACAGUAAAGGUAAACGUGGAUGAUUCCCGAAUAAUACAAUCACGCACCAAUACAUAUAAAGAGGAGAAUAAUAUUGGUGAUAUUCCUGUUAUGGUUAUAAUAAGAAAUAAUAAAGAUUAAUU